CAUCAUACGAUAGUAAACGACCGGAAAGGAAAUUUCCAGAUUCCAGAGCGUUUCGUGACUUAGUUUUUAUUCUAGUCGGCGAAGAAAAAGUGCUAAAAUCGGUCAUAAGUUGGUGUUUUGUUGAUAAAUUAAUAGUACUGGUGUAAGAAAGUUGUUCAAUAUUCGCCUGAAAUCUUUAUUUCGAGAUCAUCUAAAUACAGAUAAUUGAAAAAAGAUGACAACGUGGAAUAGCGGGCCGUACCCUCAAGGUUAUGGAAAUCAGCCUCCCUAUCCUAAUCAACCGUACCCCGGACAAGGAGCUUAUCCUCCCCCGUCUGGUUAUCCUCCACAACCAGGAUAUCCUCCACAACCGGGAUAUCCAAAUGCCCCACCUCCAGCCGGUUACCCGCAGGGACCACAGCCCGGAUUUAAUUAUUCUAAUGUUGGACCCGGCGACCCAUACAGCCAUAAUCAGCAAGGUGAAAACAUACCCUUCUCAAAUACAAAUGAAAUGUAUGGUGGAGCGGGCUAUGAAGAUCCCGAAGUCAAGGGCUUCGAUUUUUCGGAUCAGACAGUUAGAAAGGGGUUUAUUAGGAAAGUGUAUUCCAUUCUCAUGGUACAGCUGAGUAUCACGAUGGCUUUUAUAGCGUGGUUUUUGUUCCAUAAACCCACAAAAUUGUGGGUGUACAAUCAUCCAGAAUUGUUUAUUAUUUCCUUGGUAAUACUAUUCGUUUCGAUGAUAGCGUUGGCAUGUUGUGGAGAAGUUCGCAGAAAAGCUCCCAUGAAUUUCGUAUUACUGUUCCUGUUCACAUUGGCAGAGAGUUUUAUGUUGGCUUGCAGUGCAGCCUCAUAUGAAGCCCAAGAAGUCCUUAUGGCCGUUGGUAUAACGGCGGCUGUUUGUCUGGGACUCACUCUGUUUGCAUUCCAGACCAAAUGGGACUUUACCAUGAUGGGUGGCUUUUUAUUGGUAGCUGUCAUAGUUCUUUUUGUAUUUGGAAUAAUUGCUAUUUUCGUUAAGAGCAAAAUUGUCACGCUGGUUUACGCGUCUAUUGGAGCAUUGCUGUUCUCUUUGUAUCUUCUUUAUGAUACCCAGCUGAUGAUGGGAGGGAAACACAAGUAUUCAAUCUCACCAGAAGAAUAUGUAUUUGCAGCACUCAACUUGUACGUCGAUGUUAUCAAUAUUUUCAUGUACAUUUUGACUAUUAUAGGGGCAUCAAGAGAUUAGGAGUAAGUUCAGAAAUGGCAACGCCCCUAUGUCCACUUUGCAGUUUACCACACCAACAUAUACACAAUAAAGAAAUAAUACACACAGUUCUAAUUGGCUACUAUAAAUGCAAAAACUACAAUACAGUAAAUAAAAAUGUCAACAAUUCAAAAUGAUGUAUUGUGGCUUUGCCAUUUCUUGUGAAAAAUUCUUCUCAGUUGAGUCUUUGUCACACGUUAGUUUUGUAUAAUGUAUAUGUUAUUUCUGGUUUUUAUUGAUCAAUAAAGAUCAUGUAAUAGUUAAAGUUGUAAGUAGGCUUGGUUUAGUGAGAAUGUGGAGGUUUCUUUGAGAGGAUGUCACUUAUGUGUAUAUACUCUUAAUAAUUGUUACUUUUUAUUUCAUCAAUGUUACCUUUAGGAUUUUGGAAAAUAUUUAUAGGAAUAUCUAUUUUUUUUUUGUUUGGAAGGAAAUGCAGAUUUUCAAUAUGUUGUCUAUGUACCUUCUUUUAUUUUUUAUUGUGUGAAGAGUUACAUUGUAUAAUAUAACUGUAUUAAAAAUAAGUUUAGUUUUUUAAUGGUAGUAAUAUUCAGUAUUCCACUUAUUUUACUUUAUUUUAUCACACACACAGUUUUUCAGUGAUUAACGACAUUAUUCAAAAAUUGAAGUUAAUUAUAAUUGCAAUGUAAAUGUUAUUUAUUUGGAGUUACUUUGAUUUGCAAAUAACUUGACUGAUGUUAUGUUAUUUUUCUUCAGGAAUAUAACAUUAUUGUUC